AUGACAUUAAGGUUUUUUGUCGAACAGCCUGAAAAUGAUCCUGAUGAAGAUGAGGAGGAAGAAUCUAAUCAAUCUGAACCUGUUGUACCAUCUGGGAAUCAAAGCACGGCAACAGCAUCGCCUGCUUUAACAUCAAGUCAAAACAGAUUUGUACCACCGCAACCCAAAAAGCGAAGGAGAACGGCCAUUGACGACCCCCGGCUUGCUCAGGCGUACAAAAUCAUGGAUAAUGCGACAAAAACAACUCGUGAUGAAUGUUCAACAUUUGGAGAGCAUAUUGCGACAAAGCUCCGAAAGUUUGAUGACCGUAACCGUAAUUAUUUGAUGCACAAGAUUAGUACAUUGAUAUACGAGACAGAAAUCGAGGUUGACACUGUUUACACACGUUCUCCCUAUGCAACAGAGCGGUGA